CAAGUCUGUCAGAGUGAACAGAGAAAACAGUCAACAGAAGAAAAUUUGACUCCAAUACCGGUGACUAUAAAUAUCUGAACCUUGCUGGACCAGGAAGUUUUUGUUUUAUCUGUUAUCAAAAGAUGCAUCCAUACCCUAUAAUGCUGGUUUGAGCUGUGGCAUUAUGUACAUGUAGAUGGGCAAAACAGACACUUGGAUGAACUUCAGGAUUUUAUCAUUGUCUAUUUAUUAUUAAGGGAGAUAGAUUAUGUCUGAGAUAAGAAUGGGGAAGCCCAUCCAGUUCUUUUACUGCUCCUAAAAGCAUGAUUUAUGGUUGGGGUGUAUUGGGAAAAGGCAGUGCUGAAAAGAUGGGAGACCAACAGCAUUUUGAGAUCCAGCGAGCAUUGAAGUACACUGACUUCAUGGAGGAAAAUCUACCAUUAUCUUUGGUAAAAGAUGGAAAAAGCAAUGGAGCAUAUUACAUGAUGGAUGAUGACCACAGAAAAAAUAUUCAAACAUAUCCAAAUGAAGUGGGAAAUAGGCCAAAUGAAUGGAGUCUGGAUCUAAUUUCAAAACCACGCUCUCGAUCACUUUGCACCCCAUAUAACAAUUUAGCUUUUGUGCAAGAAGUGGAUAUUGAUCUAGAAGGGGAGCAGCGUUGUGAAUUACCAACAAGGCAGAGAUCUGUUUCAUUUGAUUUGGUAGAUGAAGAUCCAUCCAGAUUAAUUCGAAACACAUAUGGCCAUUGUCCUGAAAAUGAGAUGCCAAGGGGCUAUAUUAAAAUACAUAAAUCCCUUCCAAAUGGAUUUUCAUCAGCUUCCAAUCUAGAUAUUUUUUCAAAUGGUGUCAGACCUGCAUUGCAUAGAAGCUCUUCAGUUGGGUCAUUUUCACGGUUCCCUGCCCCACUGAGAAGAACUAACAGUGUUGUGUCCACCACCAGCACAUAUCCUGAGCUUACAAAUGAGGAACUACUUCUGGCAGCAGUUUAUGUAGAAGAUGCAGUUUGUGGCAGAGAUAUGCACUUUAGAGAGGAUGAUAAAUCUGUAAAGAGUUACAGAUUGUACCAUAGACCUGUCUGUCGGUGGAUAAUGUAUAUGUUCAUCUGGGUUCACCUUGCCCUUGCCCUGUUUGAAGCACCAGCAGUAAACGGACUAGUUUUACCAUACUGGUGCACUAUGGCAGUAGAAAUGCUUUGCCUCAUCGCCUACAUUUGCCGUUUUCUUCAUCACAAACGUUUUGAUGUGCAUGAGAAUCUAUGGGCUAACAAGAGAUACCUGAUUGUAUUCAUGCUAGUCGCUCUGACCUGGCUUGACAUGGUGAUAUAUGUUAUCUGGAACCAGUUUGGGUUUUUUGAUAAUCACAAAGCUAUCAGAUGGUCACGCCCCCUUAGACCAGUUUUCUUGGCAGCAUUUGGAAGACAUGUGAGGAAAGCCUUUGAAAACAUCAAAAGGACUCUUUCUGAGACACUGAAUGUCCUGGCAGUUUUUAUUUUUGUUGUCUUCAUGUUUUCACUACUGGCAUUUAAAAUGUUUUCUGAGAGCAAGUUGACCUACCCAGAUGGCUCAGGCUACUUUGUUGACUUCAUUGAUAGCAUGUGGGACUUAUAUGUGCUUGUUACUACAGCAAACUUCCCAGAUGUUAUGAUGCCUGCCUACGACACCAAUUCAUUGUAUGCCAUCUUUUUCAUCAGCUACAUUUUCAUUUGCUUGUAUAUUUUUGCCAGUAUUGUAUUGGCUGUCAUUUACAACAACUACAAGCAAAAUCUUAAGAAUGAUGUGAAAAAAUCAGUUCUAAACAAGAGAAAAAGGUUGAUGAAGGCAUUUGAUAUCCUUAAAGUGUGGAGGGAAAGAGAGUCCAGGUAUAUUGUGAAUAGAGCAAGAUGGCAUAAAUUGAUGAAGAUUGUAGCCCCAAACAGAAGUGAACUGCAGAGAGACCUUCUGCUGCAUGUCUUGGAUGAAACUGGGGAAAUGUGCCUAGGAAGGAGUGAAUUCCUGAAAGUGGCAGACAUACUGAAUAUAGAACUGUCAGAAAUAAAAGACAGAUCAUUGUUGCUUGAAAGAUAUUGCUUUAGUUGCUACUUCUCCAAACCCAGCAAACUGGUCCAGAAAAUAAUCAGACAUCCAUAUUCCCGGAAUGCCAUUGGAGUUAUCAUCAUACUGAAUUCCUUGGUGAUGGUUAUUGAAGAUAAAAUUCCAGUAAUUUCUGAUGCCUUGGAGUGGACAUUUUUAGUCAUAUUUUUAGUGGAAAUCAUUCUGAAAUUUUAUGUCUUUGGAUGUAGACGAUUCUUCAGCAGAUUCUGGAAUAUCUUUGACUUUAUAGUUGUCAAUGCUGCUUUGGUGACAAGAUUAACUAAUGUCAUAUUACAAGCAGUUGGUGAUACAGAGGAUUCUCGGAAAGCACUGGAGUUUGUUCUGAUCCUUCGAAUCUUGAGACUUAUGAAGGUCAUGGAAGGCAUUGAGAGGUUCAGAGUUGUCAUCAUUACAGUUAUGAACAUAGGUCCUUCCAUACUUACAUAUGGUGGUAUUAUGUUUAUAUUUUACUAUUUUUUUGCCAUCAUCGGUAUGGAAUUGUUUGAAGGUAAAGUAUCUUACAACAUAACAGAUCCAUCCCAGCAGUUCUGUGGAAACCCUUUGUUGAAUGGCUCUGACUUUUACGCACUACGCUAUUGUAAAAACAACUUCAACGACAUCUUACAUGCAAUGGUUAUGAUGUUUGAAUUAACAGUGGUAAACCAGUGGCAUGUCAUCACGGCUGGCUAUGUUCAGGUCACAAGCAAAGCAGCAAGACUUUACUUCCUGGCUUUUCAUAUGAUAAAUGUUAUCAUGAUACUGAAUAUAUUUGUAGCUUUUGUAUUGGAAGCCUUUAUCUUGGAGUAUUCUCUAUCCAACCGUGAAUUGAUGAGCAGCAUUGAGAGGAAAAUUGAGGAACUUGGACUCAACACUGACCGGAUCAUAACUCCUAAAGCCAUUGUGAACAUGAGAAGGGAUAGCGCUGUGAUUAGGAAGAACAGUAUUUCAAGACCAAACAAUGGUAGCAAGCCAAGCAAGGGCAGUUGUCAUAAUCUUGAAAUAUUGGAACCAUCUCAACUUGGCUCUGUAAGGAAAGGGAGUGUUGAAGAAACAAAGAUGGAACAGCUCAAAUUUCAUCUUAAAAAGAAAAGUCGCAAAAAGAUGGAGGUUCUUUUGAUGAACAUGUUUGAGAAAGAGUUGAGUGACAGUGACUUUGAAGAUGAUCCUGAGCAAUAUGAAGUUGCACAUCCCACCCAGCUGUCUCUAGAAACUGUUGUUUAAUCCACCAAGAAUGCCUCACUCAGUUAUUAAUGGGACUAAAGGCUAAGGUGUUUCAGACAUCUUGCCCUCCCCUCCCCCCCCAAAAAAAUUACUCCUUAUCAUGCAGUCCUUUUAGAUAUUUUAAAUCUAAUUGGUCAGACAACCUGCAUUUGUUAAGAUAUUGGACGCUACAUGCAGGUUGUCUGUUUGAGCCUUUAUUGAUCCACUACAAUCCACUACAUAGACACUUGUUACAUGUAUUGUUCAGGGCUUUUGCGCUAAUGAUUUCAUAUAUUAUAUAUUUACUGUAAUUCAAUUAGAGAAAUUGACUCAUUACAGAUGAAGCAAAAUUUUGAGGUCUUAAAAUGUCCUUUGCCUUGCAAAGCCAACGUGACACCAAUCAUUUUAUUAUGCACAGCACCAUUUCACUCAAAAAUGACCCGAGUGGACCAAGUAUUUGCAUCUAUAUUCUCAGAAAAUUACUUUAAAAUGCUUAGAAACCAUUUAACACAUUUCUAAAAGUUGUCCUCCAUUUAUGAAAUGGUUUAUCAAUAAACAAGACAUUGCCUGGGAUAAGGGAUAAAAUAAGAA